AUGGGGCUACUACAACUAGGAACCGCACUGGAAUGGCCCGAGGCGAAGAAGAACGCCGCCAAAGUCCGGAGUUGGGGCAUCGAGCAACUCCUUGCGAUAUGGAACCGAGCCAAAGGGAAAGAACGAGAUGCGCUGCUUUGGGGAGAUGAGGUCGAAUACCUCGUUGUGGCGUUCGAUGAAGAAAACCAAAAAGUGCGCCUGUCCCUUGCCCAGGCUGAAAUCCUCAAGUCCCUCGCGCGGAAUGAGGCCCUGUGGAAGGUUGGAGGAGAGGUACCCGGCAUGACAGCAGAACGAGCCGGAGAAGCUCUGCCCACAUUCCACCCCGAAUUCGGGAGGUUCAUGCUGGAAGCCACACCAGGACGGCCGUGGGGGAUUGACUUUCGAGAUUUGCUAAAGGUGGAGUCAAAUAUGCGCUGGAGACGAGAAAUCGCCAAAGGUCAUAUGGCCCCGAAUGAAUACCCAGUCACCCUCACUACAUUUCCGCGACUUGGAACCAAGGACGACUACAUUCGGCCAUAUUUUCCUCCUUCCGGCCCCGCUCUCCGAUCUCAGUUUGUCCCAGAUGAAAUCGCCAAUCCUCAUAUCAGAUUUCCAACAUUAGCCGGAAAUAUCAGGUCACGGCGUGGGCGCAAGGUUGAAAUAAAUGUACCCGUAUUCAAAGACAAGGAAACCCCAUGGCCUUUCCACGACCCAACGGUGAAUUACGAUCUGCAUGAUUGGCCCGAGGAUGCCGAUGUAAGGAACGGAGCCGCCAAGGAAGGCCAUGUUUACAUGGAUGCCAUGGCUUUUGGUAUGGGCAGCUGUUGCCUACAAAUAACGUUCCAAGCGAAGAACAUAACAGAAGGCAGGAAGCUAUACGACCAGUUGAGCCCGCUCGGCCCAAUUCUACUGGCAUUAACAGCUGCGACGCCCAUCUAUAAAGGGUUCCUCGUAGACACCGAUGUGCGGUGGAAUCAAAUCAGUCGUGCUGUCGAUUGCAGAACGCCUGAAGAACUGGGUGAAGUGCCUCUCAAAAACGAUCGUUGGCGAAUCCCCAAAUCCCGAUAUGCAUCAAACUCUACAUAUAUCUCUCAGGACCCACGCUUACGAAAGGAGUAUCUUGAUCCCGACCUUGUGAUUGACGAAGAGCUUAAGGCGAGAUUAAUUGAAGGCGGCAUGGAUGAUUUACUGGCAACCCACUUUGCUCAUCUGUUUAUUCGAGACCCCAUCGUGAUUUUUUCGGAAGACUUGAAAGAGUUGGAUAUCAACGAAGUCAACCACUUUGAGAACCUCCAGUCGACCAACUGGCAACACAUGCGGUUCAAACCCCCACCACUGGAUAAAGAUAUUGGCUGGAGAGUGGAGUUCCGAUCAAUGGAGAUUCAGAUGACGGAUUUCGAGAACGCUGCCUUUAGCAUUUUCAUGGUCCUCAUCACCCGGGCCAUUCUCAGCUUCGACUUGAAUUUCUACAUUCCCAUACCGCGAACUACGGAAAACAUGGAAACAGCACAUGCUCGCAACGCGGUCCUAGAGAAGAAAUUUUAUUUCCGCAAGAACCCAUUCCCAUCUCGAACGCCGCGACCUCAGGAGAAUGGGAGCGGGCCAGCUUCUGCAGGCCCUUCUUCUGCUGCACCCAGUGCUCCCCCAUCGCCGCCGUUGGGACCUGUCGAGUCCGAGUACGCAUUGAUGAGCAUCGCAGACAUCAUCAACGGCUCUCCCGACGGCACCUUCCCAGGUCUCGUCCCUCUGGUCGAAUUCUAUUUGAACAGCGUCAACGUCGACGUCGAAACACGGUGCGCACUGGCACGGUAUCUCGACUUGAUUAGGAAACGCGCGGACGGAACGCUCUGGACUGGGGCGAAAUGGCUCCGCGAGUUUGUAGCAAACCAUCCAGACUACCAUAGCGACAGCGUCGUGUCUGAGAAAAUCGCGUACGACCUUGUCAAGGCGGCCCAUGAAAUUACUGAGAAGGAAGGGAAAAACGAAAGCGUUGGUUGGCAGAUGUUGACGGGAAAGAAAGCGUGA